AUGUCUUCUAUUUGGGAACAAGAACAACCGGCAAUGAGACUCGAUGCACAAGAAGCUCGACGUCUCAUCCGGAAAUGUGACCGACGCGUCGUCCCGAUCCUCAUGAUCCUCUACCUCUUCGCCUUCCUCGACCGGAUCAACAUCGGCAAUGCACGACUGCAGGGUCUGGAAAAAGACCUGAACAUGAAGGACCAGGACUACAAUAUCGCCUUGCUCGUGCUUUUCAUCCCGUAUAUCCUGUGCGAGAUCCCGUGUAAUCUGAUCAUGAGGAGGCUGGCGCCUUCGACUUGGAUCAGCGCGAUCAUGGUGAUUUGGGGUGGUAUUACAAUCUGUCAGGGAUUCGUGCAGAACCGGGCCGGCUUGAUAGCAUGUCGGUUUCUGAUCGGGGUGUUCGAGGCGGGCUUUCUCCCUGGCUGCGUGUAUCUCAUCGCAAUGUACUACCGACGGUAUGAGCUGCAGUGGCGGUUGAACCUAUUCUUCAGUGCGAGUAUUCUCGCUGGCGCAAUCAGCGGUCUGCUGGCGUACGGUCUGGCCUACAUGGACGGAGUCCGUGGCUACUCUUCCUGGAGGUGGAUAUUCAUCCUCGAAGGACUCGCCACCGUUGUCCUAGCCGUGGUCUCCAAAGCCCUGAUCGCGGACUGGCCAGAGACGGCGGGUUUCUUGACCGAGCGUGAACGGCAAAAUCUCCUCCUCCGAUUGAGCUCUGACCAGCAGAGGUACCGCAUGGACCGCUUGGAUAAACCUGCCAUGCGGCAUAUUCUGCAAGACUGGAAGAUCUACAUCGGAACACUCAUGUAUCUGGGGCCCGUCAGUACCGGAUACGCUGCUUCAUUUUUCAUGCCAUCAAUCCUGCAGGAUAUGGGAUGGACGUCGCUCGACGCGCAAAUCAUGAGCGUACCGAUAUACAUCGCCGUCGCCGCGAUGACGCUGGGCACAGCCCUCCUAAGCGACCGCGCGCAGCACCGAUUCGGAUUCAUUAUCGGCGGGUGUUUUAUCGCCACUGUUGGGGACGCGAUACUUCUCUGUACAAACAGCAUCCCCAGCGGAGCCAAAUACUUCGCCCUCUACGCCGUGACAGGUGGCGGGUUCGUAGCUCAGCCCAUCGUGCUCGGCUGGGUGAGUAACAACAUGAGCGGACACUAUAAGCAGGCCAUUGCGUCUGCUUACUGUCUUCUUCCCUCUGAGGCCCCGGGUUAUCGUAUUGGGUAUGGCACGAGUCUUGGGUUGAUCUGGCUGUGUGGGAUCGCGGCGACGCUGCUUUUCUUCGGACUGAGGUGGAAGAAUUGUCAGAGGGACUACGGUAACAGAGAUUAUUUGCUUCGGUUGGAUCCUGAGGAGGUGGAUAAUUUGGGUGAUGCUCAUCCUCGUUUUCGGUUUACGUGUUGA